UUUCUGUUUAGGAGAGAAAGACAAGCAGAGCUGUUCUGAGAUCAAGGUCCAGCUCCAACCCCCCUUCCCUUCCCCCACCACCCUCAAGGCCCCCCGAAGGAGUCACCAGACAGGGUGAAUCACGACUGCCGGGGGUUGCCAUUGUUACGUUGAAUGAGCUAAAUGUUUGUAUUCUCACUUGGAGGAGCCAAAGUAUCGUGUCGGGUGGGAGUUGAAAAGAGCCUCUUAUCAGGGGAGUGUUGCUUAUCCAGUUCGUCAAUCAACUUUGUUUCCUGAGAAACAACACGUACCUCUCCUCCGUCUCCGACCCCCCCCUUUGGAAGACCUGUCAGAAAAAAAAAUGCCGGCAAAGACGCCAAUGUACUUAAAAACGACAACGCCCAGGAAGGGGAAGAGGCUGCGGCUUCGCGACGUCCUCUCGGGCGACAUGAUCAGCCCGCCGCUGGGCGACGUGCGCCACAGCGCGCACGUGGGGCCCGAAGGGGAGGGCGACAUGUUCGGCGACGUGGGCUUCCUGCAGGGCAAGAUGAACAUGCUGCCGACCCUGAGUCGGAUGCAGGACGGACGCUCGCACAGCGUGGAGAGGCGGCUGGACGACGGCCUGGCGGCGAGACAUGAGUCGCACAGCUACGCCUACAACGGUUACCACUACCAGCACUCCUCCGCCGGCCUGCUGAAGACCACCAUCUCCAUGCCCGUGUUCAUCGCCCACGAGCAGGCUCCGCCCAAACCCCCGCGCCUCCACCUCGAGGACCCCUCCCCGUCCUCUCUGGCCUCCCAGCAGAACCCCUUCCACCACCAGCCAGCGGCGGACGCGAGCCGCAAACAGGCCAACGGCCACCGGGACCACCACAGCCAGCUCUUUGAGAACGGCGUGGUGGGCCGCCUGGCGUCAGAGCCCUGCCGCGACAUCUCCCUCUCCCCCGCCGUCCGCAGGCUCGUCCCCUCCUCCGGCUCCUUCUCGGAGGUCUCCUCUGAGGACUCCAUGUCGGAGACCUGCGGGCCCCUGGACAUCCGCCGGGGCCUCAGCCUGGACUCGGACGCCGGCCUGAGCAACGAGGACCUAAGGAGUGACCGCAGCGAGUCGCCCUGCUCCGCAUUCCACCCGGCCGCUCUCACAGUGUCAUCUGGGGUCUCGCGCUCGGACUCUAUGGCGGGGUUAGACCUGGAUCUGGGCCCGUCCAUCAUGGAGGACAUCCUGAGCAUCAUGGACCGCUACAAGACCGAGGACGAUCGCUGCGAGCUGUGAAGAAAUGUUAAUGUGAUGUACAGAUAUUUGUUUUAUAACAUAAAUAAAGACUUUGUUAAGAUAAGAGGACAAAAUCAGUGGAGGUGUGAAGAAGACGCUGAGUUUAAAACGGAUGUUAAAGGAUUACAGAAAGGGGAGAGACAAGGUGACACUUUGGGACAAGUGUUGGGACGUUGCUUCCCGACAUGACAGCAGCCAAGGGCCAGAGGCUGGUCCUUAAGAGCCAUUCAACAAAAUCAGACCUCUUAAAACUGCUAGCUAACCCCCUGAUUUUGCAAAAGCACAAACCCUUUCCUUUGGACAAAGCAAACAGCCACAACCUGACUCCUACUGACAGGUUUCUGCUGGUUAAUCGUUCACAAAGGAGGCGAAUGUUUCAAGACUGACCCCGGGAGAGAAGUCUGCAGAAACCAGCGUCUGUGAACUCAAUUCAGACACAACAGGACUCCCCGAGCGUGGAAACCACAGCUACUGAUAAAUAAUGUCACAACUUCUGUUAAAGCAUAUUCUCAGUCACGCUAAGCUCAGCUGCAAAUUGCAAUAACUUCUAGUAUGAGAACAGCAGCACCAACAUGUCUUCCGAAAAGACACUGACAUGUUUUCCAGUUUCAGUGAAACUGGAAAAGCUUCUUAUAGUUUAAGAAAUAAAUGUCAAAAAGAACAUUUCUGUGAGAAAUGUGCUGCAUUGGAUCCUUUUUGCAAUAUUCUUUUCUUUGGUAUUCCUGAAAACACUCCUUCCAUGUCGUGGCUCACUGCCGGCCUCCCUAACAAUUACCGUCUGCAUUAUCACAGAGGCCUAUUAUUCAAAUGCCAUUUAUGCAGUCACUGUAAAUGUACAAAUAAAUGUUCCUACAAAGAAAACUGAGGGUGUGUGGACAAUUAUUGAAUGAUAAUGGUGCAUAAUAAUUGAUAACUAAUUUAAAAUAUAUACAUAAAAGUUUUCUUCCCUGUUCCUAAAAACAACUGGUGGCUACAACUUUCUUCAUAAUACAGCGGUGAAUUGUAACAUUUACUUAAGUGUAAGAUUCUUCGCUAUAAAUGUUGUUUUUUUCCCUCCGCUACACUUUUUUGACUACGUGCUUUUGAUAUUUAGAUUCCAAAAUAUAAAUCAUCUAAUACAUUUCUUAAUAGGAAGUUUCACCGU